AUGUCUAGCCUUACAUCUACAAAAAAUAUCAACAUUUCAUACCUCAAUGUCGAAAUUAAAGUUAAUAUCUUCAAAUAUGUCAAUACUCCAUUAAACUUGGCUUUAAGCAGCAAAGAAUGGUCAAUAAUCGCAAGAGAUACAUAUGCUAAAACUGAAUGGUUGAUACAACAAUUCGGAAAAGCUCACGCGUUUUUUCACGGCAUUAGGUUGGGACCGGCUUUCAUUAAUAAAAAUGUAUGUCAAAGCUUGUUCAUAAAAAAAGCCAUAUUUUCAAGAUAUUUGACCCAAAAACUAGUAAUUCACUACGGAUUAUAUGAUCUAAAAUUAGUUGAACUUAAGAUCAAAAAUAAUAUUGUUGAUCGAUCCGGAGCUGGAUUGGUACUUCAUAAAUACAGAAACCCAUGGGCAGGAAAUUUGCCUUUAGAAGUAUUUCUUUAUUUACUUAAAGAAGGAGCCGUUCGAUUUGAAAAUCAAUAUCAGAAGGGGAAUGACAUGGAAUUGUUUCAUUAUCUUUCAGCAGGUCCUAAUGUAAUUAAUUAUGCACCUAAUAUAUUGGAAAAGAAUUUUGAAAAAAUUAAAGAUCUGAUUUUAAAGCAAAGAUUCGUCCCGUUCCCACCAAGACCAAAACCCUUUCAAUUAAAUCAAAAAAUAGUUGAAGAAUAUCCACCCAAGGAUGGAUAUGAAAAUAGCAGGCAACUUAACGUUAUUGCAAGAGCUAUACUCCUUGAAUCGCAAUUAGUGGGAUUAUGGAAGGAAAUAGGAUACAACGAUAUUUGUAGCGAUAUUAAUGAUAUUGUCUUAGAAGGGGCAAUGCUCAUCCUUUUUCCACCAACUCCACCGCUUGAAUGGAUUUGUCCGUCGGUUGAUCAAGUAGUAACGCGUCUUAACAAUCUUAUAGAAUUAGGCUUUGACCUAAGCAACAAGAUAGUUAUGAACAUUCUUCAAUUGUUUGAACAUAGAUUAGACGAUAUAGGAGAAACCAUUUGGAAUGCAUUUACUACAAUCAGAACCGAAGAGACAACAUUUUCUUUUGUUUUUGGGCUCUUUCGGGAGGCAUUUGAGCCUACGAGAUGUCAGAGAAAAUUAUUUAUCAUAAAUUUUCUCAAGUCCAAAACUGAGCAACAUGAUUUAAUAAUUAAGCAAAUUCUUGAGCAACGUUUUAAUGACGAAAAUAUAGAUGAUUUCGAAUUUAGGUCAAGGAGGAAAUCCCUUAUUCUUUCACCACAAAUAUACGAAUUCAUUUUAAAUACGUACGGAAAUGAAUCCGACUUAACAUUAAUGUGUUUCAAGGACAUACUUUUUUUAAAAAUUUAUUAUGAUGACCCACUUAAUGCGUCGCUUGCUCAAUCCUCAACAACUGAAUCAAUCGAUGCAAUUUAUGAUAUUUAUAAGCAAAAGAUACCAAAAAAUAUAGAACUGUUGAAACACACAAUUUUUCAUUCCUAA